CUCUCCUUCAGCUUCUUCUUCAGGGAGUGAAAGCAGAAUCCAUAAAAAAGAUAAAAGAGUUGAAAAGAUCGAAAUGGUACCCUCCUGAAUUUCUCACUUUCACUCGUACAUUCCCUGCCCCUCCUGCUCUUCCUUGCUUCCUUUCAUCAUCAGGAAAAGGGGUGGGUGAGAAUUAUUAUUACUACUAUAUCAUCUGUUGAUGGGAUGGGUGCUCCUAAGCAGAAGUGGACUGCCGAAGAAGAGGCAGCCCUUAAAGCUGGAGUGCUUAAGCAUGGCACUGGAAAAUGGCGUACAAUCCUUGUGGAUCCUGAAUUUAGUGCCGUCUUGCGUUUGCGUUCCAAUGUUGAUCUCAAGGAUAAAUGGAGAAAUAUAAAUGUGACUGCAAUAUGGGGUUCAAGGAAAAAGGCGAAGAUCGCACUUAAAAGGAGACCACUGACUCCUAAGCGCGAGGAGAAUGCAAAGGCUCUCAGCACUGUUGUUCAGACCAAUGAAGAAGUUGUUGAUGCUAAGCCUCUCGCAUUUGCUAGUGGGACACCAGGGAAUGGUGGUCCAAAAGACCUGCUUGCAAGGUUGGAUAAUCUAAUAUUAGAGGCUAUUACGACUUUGAAGGAGCCAACGGGUUCUGACAGGGCUUCAAUUGCUUUGUACAUACAGGAGAAAUACUGGGCACCCAUGAAUCUAAGAAAGAUAUUGGGAGGAAAACUGAAGCAUUUGACUGCCAAUGGAAAUUUGAUUAUGGUUCAGCACAAGUACAGGAUUGCACCUAGUUCAACAUUUUCUGAAGGAAGAAAAAACCAUGCCCUCCCAGAAGGAAAACGGAAGGAUGCCUUAAAAUUAGAGAAGAGUAAGAACAAAAUCCUUACUAAAGCCCACGUUGGUAGAGACCCAUCAAAGAUUCAGGGGAUGACUGCCUUGGAGGCUGCUGCAUCUGCUGCAAAGGCAGUCGCAGAGGCAGAAUCUGCAAUUGCAGAUGCUGAAGCAGCUGCAAGGGAGGCUGAGAAAGCAGAGGCAGAGGCAGAAGCAGCACAAGUUUUUGCCAAAGCUGCGAUGAAGGCAUUUAAGCUCCGGGCACGUCAUACCUGAUGGACUUCUGAGUUGAUGGGAACGAAGCAUGCAUUGGACUUGACAUCAUGUUGACGCGCUGUAUCAGCCGUCAUUUUGUCCAUACAACUGUAAAUGUGGUUAACUUGUAAAUCGGGAGCUGCAAAAUUAUUCCAUGAAAUCAUGCUGCCCCUUUAGAGCGAUCAUUUCGUGGGCAGAGUAUAGGUUUUUGAAAUCAAACUUUACAAUGUGGUAAAAGAGUAGACACUGGUGAAAAAAUCAGGAUGAGGAAGCUGGAUUGCUAAACAAGAUGAGACAUCUAAAUGUCAUUUCGAUCGUUAAUCAAUCCAAUGAAGAGUGAAUGGAUGUUGUUUUUUAAUU